UUGGCGAUCGACUUUCCUUUUCUUAGCUUCAAUCUACUUAUUGGGAUCUUUCAGAAAGUUUAUUGUUCCCCUGAAGAAUGCCCGGCAAUACGACGUGUACAUUUGUAUGCCAUACUAUAUAAUCUUUUCUCUGAAUCUGCCUAUUAUAGGCUUUCGGACGCUACCAAACAGGCGCGCUUACGCAAGUACACCGACCAAUGCAAGCGCCAACUAGAAAUUGCUAUAGGUCAACUCGACAUAAGCAUAUCGCCAACGUUCCAGAAUACAGUAGCUCUUCUACUAGCCGCCCUCUACGCAGUCGAGUCGGGCCAAUCUCGUCUAUGUUGGGCCAUGAACUCCCAAGCAGCUGCACUGUGUCAGCGGCUCGGCUAUCAUCGCAUAUGUACCAUGCUCGAUGAUGAUGAAAUAACACGAAAGUCUAAAAUAAAUAUCUUCUGGUCGGUCUACAUCUUGGACAAGAUACUUUCGCUCCGUCUGGGGCAUGCAUCUAUCAUACAGGAUUGGGACAUUUCCUUGCCCUUCUUCCCGGAUAACAUAUGCGUUACAAAUAAAAGACUCGAUGGAAAGGUUACGAGAGGCCAGGCCAUCAUCGUAUAUGCAAUAAGGAUCGCUCAGAUUCAAGGGCAAUUGUACGAAAAGCUAUUCAGUCCCGCAGCCUUGUCCAAGUCUGAAAGCGAACGCUCCACCAUUGCUAAACAGCUUUUGAAUGCCUUGGAUCAAGCAUGGAUAGAUCGAGCGAAUAUCAGUAUUCUUGACUUGGCUGCGGAAAAGAAGCACUCCUUUUCUUUUUUCUAUCCCGAGGAACCCUGGGAUAACGAUACAUCAAUGCUCAACGAAAAUCAGACACCACCUGGACAUGUGAUGCUAAGGGGAUUGAAUACAAUCGAUGAACUGCAACAUCUGGAGGAUCUGUAUCAUCAUCGCGAUGCCGUAGUUCAUCACGCAACACGUACGUUGAUCCAAAAGGCUGCGAGUUAUGAUAGUAUCACGUCUAGCACACAAUGUUUGGCAUCUGCCCGAAAGGCCCUUGCUGCUCAUCAGAGAUGCAGUGAUAAAUUCAACAUCGAUGGCGUCGAACAAUUGUGGCCACCGUGUACGUCUUUUAUUGUCAUCUUCUGGAACACCAUUUUGACCUGCGAUACUGCCGAUCUUUCAAUUUUAUCCAAUUUGGUCACCUCUCUGGACACAGUCCGCCAGAACUAUAACGAUUUAGAUCAAUCGUAUAGUAUGCUCGCACUGCUCCUACACAUUGCAAGACUCUAUGUCGAUGCCAAACAAAAAGGCACCCCUCAAAUAGCAGAUAUAAGCUCUAGUUCU